GUACCUGGCGGAGGACGCCCUGCGGGGGUUUGCGCGCCCAGCGCUCGCGCGUGCAGGGUAGGCUGGGUGCCAGACGAUUAUUCUCCCGCCCCGGCGUCUGUUUAUCAACAAACUGCCGGAGCUCUGCAGCGACUCAUUCCGACGCGCUGAAUAAGCUGCGGGCGCUGGCGGUCUGUUCUCGACUCCCCUUCAGGUCCGUGGCGGCGGGAUCGGAACCGCAGUGCUGGUCCCCAAGGGCGGGAAAGGGCGUCUGCAGAUUCUGCGCACCCCCGCCGCCACAGAGCAUUCCACCACUGCGCUGCGCUCCCCUUGCCCUGUGGUCAUCUCAGACCCGUCAACUCCCUCGCGUUUCUGCCGUCAGGGCAGUGGAGUUUCGAGACUGCCCCAAUCGCCCGGCAACCCCGGCACCCCCUCGGAGAGGACUCCAAGACAUCUAGGCCAGGAGCGAGUUCACCGCCCCCCUGCAUCUGCCAGUUCAGAAUUUCCCUACCAGGGGCUGCCCUGGGGGGCGGGCCCCGGCUCCAUGCCUCGGUGAGGUCACUGCGAGCGAUAGCCAAUCCUGGACGUCUAAGUGGGCGGGGCCCCCGUCGGGUCCCGGGAACCGAACCCGAGAGCCAAAAAAGGGGGCCCCCAUAGAUUUAGGGGGGAGGGGAAAGCCAUGGGGGCACCCCUCCGAAACCCCUUUCCCAGGCGCGCGCUCUCCGCUGGAAAGGCGCAGAGAGACACUUUGCCCCGGAUCUUAAGUGUGGAAGGGGCUAGCUUGGGGGCCCAUUCGGCCCCAACACCCCAGGCUUGCAAAAGAGAGAGCUGGCAGAGGAAGCGGACUACGUGCUGGGCUAUGGCCUAGGCCCUGCGGCCCGCGCCCCGGCCGCAAUGUCCUCUUUGCCCUGCUCCCUCCCUGUUCGGGACGCCUCCAAAGCCGUCUUCCCGGACAUCGCCCCCGUCCCAUCGGUAGUGGCUGCCUACCCGCCAGGCCUGUCCCCCGCAACCGCAGCCGCCUCCGACUUGCCCUACUCUGGGCCGUAUGGCCACCUCCUGCCCUAUGCCUACACCGGGCCGGCGACCCCUGGAGACGCUUACCUGCCCUGCCAGCAACACGAGGCGCCCUCUCAGCCUUCUCAGCAGCAACGGGAGGCAGACACUGAGAAGCCACCGCUGUCGCCGGAGCACUUGGAGCGGCGCCCCCAAGCUCCGACCAAGAAGCUGCGCAAACCGAGGACCAUUUACUCGAGCCUGCAGCUGCAACAUCUAAACCAGCGUUUCCAGCAUACACAGUAUCUGGCGCUGCCCGAGAGGGCCCAGCUGGCCGCGCAGCUCGGCCUCACCCAGACCCAGGUAAAGAUCUGGUUUCAGAACAAACGUUCCAAAUACAAGAAGCUCCUGAAGCAGAACUCUGGGGGGCAGGAAGGGGACUUUACUGGUAGGCCCCCCUCCCUGUCUCCCUGCUCCCCACCCCUUCCAUCCCUCUGGGAUCUACCCAAGGCAGGGGCCCUGGCCACUGGGGGCUAUGGCAACAGCUUUGGAGCCUGGUAUCAGCAUCACCCCCCGGAUAUUUUGGCUCCACCUCAGAUGAUGUGAUCCUGGGGAAGGGCAGGUCGGGCAAAGCCCCUCCUACAAAGCCCAGGACCCCGCCCACCUGCACCUCUUCUGGGCCAAGAGAAAACCAGCUCCAGAUGGGUUUUCUCAGGAGGACAAGGAUCUAGAGGAGAAAAAGGAUAGGAUGGAGUCCUGUCCCCCUUGCCACAUAAUCCAAACAGCCUAAUCAAGGACUUCGGUCUUAGCUACUGCCCCCACCCAACCACUGCCAAGGACUAGACAGACACCUCUCUAGCUGGUCAAAGGCUCCGGAGAGUCAUCAGCUGGAGUUCAGGCUGCUCCCAGAACCCUUAAUCUUGCCAACCCUUCCUUGAAAGGACUACAGUCCCACCACAGCCUGGGGUUGAAACCAGCAAGAAAUACCGCGUGUUUUUUUCUUUGUGUGCUUUGGGCCUUGCCGAACCCAUUUGUGAGCAAGAGCAGAAGUGGAGUGGAUGGAGGUCUUCAAGUUGAGAGAAGGAUGCUGCAAAUGUGGAGUUUGUAACCCUAUGUGUAAUUUAUGCUCUCCUCCUCAAAAAACCCUCUUUCCCCUAUGUCUAUCAUUUUGAGUAGAUAAUGGAUCCAAUUAUCCAAAUAAUUCAACUGGUAUUUAUUAAAAGCCCCUCCCCCCACAACACCUAACAAGCCCAUAUGCACGUACUCUUGGGAACACAGCAGGGUAACACUUUGGGCAGAGUGGGGACAAACAGUCUCUCUGGAUGAGUUAAGUAGAGACACCUCAAAUAGGUGCGGUGGGUCCAUCGAUUCAGUUCCCCAUGGCUGUCUAUGGCUAAACAAACUGCUCACAUUUAUAACCGAUCCGACUAGCAGCCCCAGGUUCUUACCACCCCUCAUACCAUGAGCUUCCAGAGAUUAAAGUUUGUACAAAAACCUGG